GUGUAUGGGUGACAGCUGACUGGUGACAUGACUGGUUUAAAGCGAAAUUCACUUGAAAUUUAAAUUUGUUUCUUGUUACGAUACUGAGCAUUGUGUGAAAAUUUGGUAGUGGUGAGAGAAAAAUACAUAAACAUCAUUAGAAGCGAUUUUAAAACAUGAAGUUUCCAGUAUUAAAGAACGAUCGAAUUCUACGAGCAGCACGAGGGGAUGAUGUAGACAGAGUUCCGAUUUGGAUAAUGCGUCAAGCAGGACGAUAUCUUCCAGAAUUUCGCGAAUUGCGAUCGAAACAUGAUUUUUUCACAAUAUGUCAGACUCCCGAACUUGCUGCUGAGGCGUCCCUACAACCAAUUCGAAGAUUCGACCUCGAUGCAUGUAUAAUAUUUUCGGACAUUCUUGUUAUUCCUCAAGCGCUUGGAAUGACUGUUGAGAUGCGUUCUGGAGUAGGCCCUGUAUUGCCAGAGCCUCUUAUUGCUCCAAAAGACAUUGACAGACUCGACAAUACAGCAAGCAUUGUGCAAAAAUUAUGUUAUGUUGCUGAAGCAAUAUCACUAACACGUAAUAAACUUGAUGGUAAAGUACCUCUGCUUGGGUUCUCAGGAGCGCCGUGGACAUUAAUGGGCUAUAUGAUUGAAGGUGGAGGUUCGAAAACAUUGUCUAAAGCCAAAGCAUGGUUAUAUCAAUAUCCAGAUGCUUCUAAGCAUUUGCUGAAAAUUCUGACAAAUGCAGUUGUUGAUUAUUUAGUGAUGCAGGCAUGUGCAGGUGCUCAGCUGCUGCAAGUGUUUGAAUCCAGUGCAGAACAUUUGGGUCCAGAGUUGUUUAAAGAUUAUAUUCUUCCAUGUAUCCGAGAUAUAUCGUUUCGUGUGAAGGCUGAAAUUAAGGCAAGGGAGCUAGAUGACAUUCCAAUGACAAUUUUUGCUAAAGGUGCUCAUUAUGCUUUACCAGACUUGGCAGAAAGUGGUUAUGAUGUUAUAGGACUUGAUUGGACUAUAGACCCAGAAGAAGCUAGGCGGAAGGUUGGUUCUGGUAUCACUUUACAAGGAAAUCUUGAUCCAUGUUCUUUGUAUGCACCAGAAGCAGAGCUUAAGAAACUGACAAAGGAAAUGUUGAAGAAGUUUGGUAAAAGUCGAUACAUUGCAAAUUUAGGCCAUGGAAUUUAUCCUGAUAUGAAGCCAGAUCACGUGGCUACCUUAAUAGAUGCUGUACAUGAAGUAUGAGAUGCUGAAACAGUAGUACUGAAAUCUGAGUCUUGCAGUGUAAAAUGACAGACUGAAAGGGCUGUGAUUAUUCCAUAACAUUUAAAAUGAUAUGUACCAUAACAUAGCAUACAGCUAUGUUACAGUCCAUAUCAAUUUAAAUAAAUUAUGUUGCAUGAAAUGUAGUUUGUUGAUCUGCAUACUUGUAAUCCAAUAGUUGAUAGCUUUGAUAUAACAAAUGUAUUUUCAACAAAAUUAUAAAAAGAAGAAAAUUAGAGGUUGACUCUAAGAAAGGUUACAAUUGUGAUUCUUUAAUUUUUAAAACAAGUUUCUAUGAACUACAUUAAAUAUUGAAGAUGAUAAUAGUCACAUUCCUACAUAACACAUGCAUUUGAUAAUUAUAAUUAAAUAACCCAGUCUGGUAUUUAUAUUACAUAAAAUCCUGUUAGAACAUACACUGACAUGGAUGUGUCUGUGCACUUAGGACAACAGAAAACAAAAGAUUUUGAAAAAUUAACAAGGAGGAAGUAGUACUAGCUAUGGCCCCACCAUAGCUCAGGCAGUUAGUCACUGGCUUCCCAGUGCGGUGAUGCGGGUUUGAACCCUGGUCUGGUCAUGUGGGAUUUUUAGUGGACAAAGUGGCACUGGGGCAGGUUUCCUCCAAGUACUUUAGUUUUC